AUGUGCGUCCGCACGUUGAUGGAGACCAGCGAGCUGAUUGCACCAUCCGUCGGGACGGAUUUGAAGCAGGACGAAAAGCUGUCCCGCGCUAAGGAAAAGUACAUGAAGCUUCACGAUGAGAUGCUGAAGAAGGAGGAGCUGCAGCGUCAGCAGGAGCAAGCGGAGGACGCGCUCUACUUACCUGACCUCGCUGAUGGUGUCCUGGUCGCCAGCACCGCUCACUACAAUCUGCUGCUGAAAAAGCUGUCCAUGUACUACAACGUUGCGCGCCGCUCCAAAGCGUUCAAGAUUCUUUUUUACACGACGCAACCCGCACACGUGAUCAUGAUUAUCGCAGUCUUGUUCGUCACAUCGGUUCUUUUUCCUAUCAAGGAAAGGGUACAGGUCCCUGGCCAUCCUCACUCAAGAAUGACAUCUUUCAUUUAUCUCGCAUCCUUCGUCGUACAUUUUGGAGCUCAAAUUUGGAUGACUUUUGUAUCAGGUCUAUCCUUAUACUUUGCACUGCCACGACAUGCAUUCGGUGAGGUGCAGCGAGUCCUGUUCCCGAGAUACUUUACAAUUAACGCGUGUUUAAGUCUCACCACGCUCCUCAUAUUCGUCAAGCAUCAUCCGACACACACAUGGGACACCGAAAUUGCCGUUCAGGUCGGCGCGAUGUCCGGAGCCUUUUUCUUAGAGCUACUGAUACGCCUCUAUUUAACACCCCCGCUUCUCCAGCUGAUCGUGACGAAACACAACUUUGAACGUGCAGCAGGCGUCGGCAAUGAGAUUGGCCGUCACAAUCCAGGACCGCUCAAGAACUGUCCGCAUUACUUGAAGAUCCAUCAAGCGUUCCGCCGAGUGCACGUGUGUAUAGCUAUGGGAAACAUGCUCACUAUGGCGUGCACGGUGCUUCAUCUUUAUUAUAUAGCGAGCAAAUUGUGUGCUCUAUAACAAUAAAAUUUGUACGUGCAUUCGUUCGAGAGCUCAAAGAGAUUCUCGAAAGGAAAGCAUAGAUUCUAGAGAAUAACUUUGAGAAAAGCACGUGUCUCGUACGGUAGUAACGAAAGUCUAAAUGCACCAAAGUAUUCAGACCUGAUGGUGCAAGAUGUGAUUUUUCCUGCCAUUAAAGUUACUUGCAACAAGUUGGACUGUAUAACGAGUUUUUCAAUGCAGCUGCCUUGAAUUUAAAACUUCGAAAAUAUCGAGAUAUAUUAGUACUAGUAGUCUGAACUUAUUCUAUAUUAGUAGAAUAAGUAUUCAGAUCAGAAUAGACAAUAAUUAUUUGCAUGACAUAAGUCACAUUGUGACUUAUCUUCAGAGCACUAGCCGGGAGCCCUUGAUUCAAGAGAGAAUCAAGUUGAGACGAAGGUAAAAGAUCAGCAACAUUUCUCACAAAUAUGAUCUGCUUAUAAUUCAUUGGUAUGUAUAAAUUAUUGCUGAAAGUAAGUGCGAAACGCGUGCAUGCAAUUUGUGAGAAUGUCUAGAGAUUGAAUGGAGAUAAUUUAUUUGGCAUGAGGUAAUUCGAUGCUUCUAAUGUAAAUAAUAGAUAUCUCGGACGAAAAUAUGAGACUUAGGAUAUAUAAAAUAUUUUUAUAUAUAUUUUUUUCAAAGCUUUAAGGCAUAGAUUUUUGCCAAAGCGUAUUUCUCUUAUAUAAGCGUGAGAACAAUUAAACUCCGCUAAAAAAAUGUAUUAAUGAUUAGAUUAGAAAGUAUUUCAAGUAUGGAAAAUCGUGGCUUGUUUAAUAAAAUGCUUAAAAAUUGUUAAAAAUAUUUUAUAGCGACAUAUUUCGCGAAUAAGAUCGUUGCUAUUACAUUGAAGGCAAUAAAAGUUUGUUUACUCUGUAUCAGAGUUAAUGAUAUUUAUUCAACUAGUAAAGAUUGCACACUAAAAAAAAUGAUAUAGAUAUAAAUGUAGCAGUGAUAUCAGUAUAUGUAAAAAUGAAGGAAUGAAUCGUCGCACAAUCACUUUAUACUAAUUGUCUGAUCUACAAAUUCGUAGCGCAGUUCAUUGUAAAUAACUGCAUUUUGCUCAUUUAACAUUUGUAAUCAUAUCUCAUAUAAUAAUAUAUGCAUAUAUUGGUUUUG